GGGUUCCUUCCUUCUGCACUUUUCUUACCCUUCCUUCUCCUGUACAACAUUGUUUUGCUUCUUAGUAACUACGCCAAGCGUCCUUCCAGAGCCUGGCUCGGGAUCUUCGGCGCUCGUUCCUUUUCCAGGAGCUGAUUCCGACACCGGGGGCGGCGCGGUUUCCGCGGGGACAACAAUUGCGGCCGGACGGACGCGGUGGCGCGGAGGUUGAAUGCUGAGCUGGCCGAGGCUGUGGCUGCGAGUUUCGGGAGGCACGACAUGGCUUUGUUGGGGCUGAUCAGGAAACUGGGUCAUCCUCUGGCAGAGAUAAGGGAGAGGGCGCUCAAGAGUAUUCUGUGCAAGGUGGAACACAAUUUGAUUUCUUGUGUUGAGCUCGUGCGAGAGAAACUUCUUUUUAUUUAUUUGCUGGAAUGGUUCAAUUUCCCCACCGUUCCCAUGAAGGAAGAGGUUCUGAACCUACUCAGCAAUUUGGUUAAGCAUCCAUCAGCAGUCCAACAUUUGUUUGAUAUUGGUGCAUAUGAGUUCUUCUCCAUGCUUCGUCCUAAUGUGGAUCCAGAUUUGCAGGCUGAAAUUGAUGGUAUUAUGGAUGGCCUAUUUAUUCUUCCUUCAGAUGGUUCUUCCUUGUAUCAUCGUUCUACAUUUUUCCAAACCAAGCCAUUUGUAUGUGGACCAAAAACUGCUUUACCAGAAGAAAAUGAAAUUAGACCUGGAUAUUUUCCUCAGGACAUAAAUAAUCUCCCACAGACUGAAGGCUAUUCAGGAUCACUGCUAAAUCAGACUGUGAAAUGUUUGAAGUUUUCCACAUUUCCUUGGUUGCUGCUUACUGUCACAGAUAGACACGUUCUUUCCUCUAAUGAAAGUUCUUUAAGAAGUAGUAACUUCACUUUAGUCUGGAAUACAUGUGAACUGUUGGAAGAUGUUAUCAUGCAGGAUUUUCCUCCUGAGAUUUUCCUUCAUCGGCCAAAGAUUAUUCAGAAUCUGUUAUCUCUGUUGAAUCUGGCAUUUGGAAGAGAUGAGCAGCCACGUUUAGCAUUAAAAGCAGUGUCAUGUCUGCAACAGUUGUGCGUGUAUUUGAGAAACAGACUUAACUUUCACAGAGAUCCAGGAUUUUUCUCCUUUAAACAAGACACAGUUUCCCAGAAUUCUUCCUUGUCCUAUAGCCGUGAAACAAGAGGUACCCAUCAUUCCCAGAAUACUUCCCCGGGAAGCAGUAGCCCUCGACCUUCAGUAGUUGGACACAUAGGCUUGCGUCCCAGAGGAGAUGGCCAGGAUUGGGAUACAGUAUCUUCCAGUGAAAGUAGUACAGUUCCUAGACCUUCCAUCCAUUCACCUUUGGAUAUGGUACAGACUGAUCUUCAAGAGCUAGAAAUUGAGGAUACAUUGGAGCUACAAUUCCAGCAACUUAGUCUUCCCCAGUUCUGCAUCUCUGUUCUGGAAUCAGCAGUCCCUCUCUUAAGAACAAAUAGUACACAAAUAACAGUGCAAGUUUUAGAAUUGCUUGCAGAAGUUGUGAUACUUAUUAGAGAUUCAUUGUCUGAAGAUAUCUGGGAUGACAACAGCCUUUUUGCUUUAGACUUGAAACUAAAGCUGUUUGUAGUCAUGGAUUCACUUGGAGAAACCAUCUCCUACCACAAAAACAGUGUCAAUUCUGAAGAUCCAGAUAUGGUGAUGUUAGUGCACCAUAAAAUGUCUUUUGUCAGCAUCUCACUUUUUACUAUUAGACUGUUGCAAACACUUCUUCCAGUAGAAAAGGCAAGCCAGUUUUUACCAGAAAGCUUGAUGACUGCAUUGUUCCAUAUUUCUCUGGAAAUGCCUUUGUCCUUGGAAUAUCCAAAUAUUCAUGAGACUGUUAUUGCCUAUUUGGAACAACUGAAUUCUGAAAACUACACUAUUUAUAAGGGAACUGCAAAGAUGGUUUAUUCACUUGAUUGCAGCUGUAACUUCAUGACUGAUAUGGAGAAAGAGGGAGAGAAGAAUCUCUUUGAGUUAGUGGAGAUGGCAAACCAAGCUAUAUUUAGCCUUUCUUAUCAUCAGCACUUCCCAUUAAUAAAGAAGAUCAUCUGUCUGUGUUCAAACAUAUGGAAAUCUGCACAGACUAGCCCAUUACUACAGGAAGAAGUUCAAAAGGUGUUCCUACAUCUGUUGUCAUAUCCUUUGCUGCCUGUGAAAGCUGAAAGUUAUCGCUGCUGCCUGGAAAUUGUUCAGCAUUGUUUAGGCAUCAACACUGUGGCAAUCUCAGGACAUUCAGUUUCUCAUGAUGUUAAUUUUCUACUUCAUCCAAAAGUACUAUAUGAAAUGUGCACAUUUGGUCUUCAAGAAUCCAAAGAUGGGGUGAACUCUGUUGUCAAGAAUAUUCUGAUGUAUUUGCUUCAGGGACAAUUGAUUAUGACAACAUUGACCUGGAACAAGUUUAUUGAGGCUCUUUGUCCUGUUGUUCCAAUUCUACAGGGUUAUGCAGACACAGAAGACACUUUGGGAAACUGUAUCCUCCUUCUGAGUGAAACAAAUCCUGAGGGCGGAGGUGGGACUCUCCCAGAAACUUCCAGAUUAAAGUCUGUAUUUCGGCUCUUGCUAUCGAAAAAGCAAUCGGUACGAGACAAGGCAUUAAAGCUUUUAGCAUUUCAACUAAUGAAUGAAGAAGGGAGAAGCACAAAGCGUCCUUUCCUAGAUGCUAAUCUUCUCUCUAAAGUAACCAACUUAUUUAUUGUGGAAAAAACUAUUGACCUCAAAUUGGAUGACACAAGACAACCAAUUAUUAAGAUGGAAGCUGUUGAAAAAUUAUAUGGAGUUUUUACUUCAGAUGUUGUUGACCUACCUUUGAGGAAGUCGGCAUUAGACCAAUUAGCUAUAAUUUUUCAAGAUAUCAGAAUGCAUAAUGUGGUGAACAAGAUGGAUUUAAUUGAUAAUAUAUUUUUUGUUUUAAAUAAAUGUGUUAGAAAAGAUGGUGAGGAAAUGGAAUGUAUGAUCUUACCAUGCCUUACAAUCUUAAGAAAACUUCUGACUGCUGAUUCAGUAAAACGUCUGUCUCUUUCACAGGAGUCUUCUGUCUUAUUCCUGUUAUUCAGAGUUGCCUUGAUAUUCCAAAAGGAUUCUGCUGUUGUGACUGAAGUGGCAGCAUUAUUCUGUCUUAUUUUGUUUGAUGAAGUAUCAAGAAUGGACAUCUGGUCUGAUAACAUAUCCAGUAAAUCAACUCUAACUCCAGUCUUUAUCUUGCCAGUGUCAGUGAUUAGGCGGUACCAUCUUCCAGUCCAUAUCCCUGGUCACCAUGCUGUCAGCCCUCACUAUGUGGUUUUGCCAUUAUCUGCUGAUUGCUUGGCCUUGAAGCCUGUGACAGAUAUGCUGAGAAUAGCUUGGAACUUGUCACGGUGUCAUGGAAUUGAUAACCUGCUGAAAGAGAUAAACUCUGAAAAUAAAACCCAGGAAGUUUUAGACUCACUGAAGUUAUCCACAGAGGACAUCCUUACUCUGAAGAUUACGCACACAGAUAGUGGAUUGGAAGAUUGUCACUCUUCUAUUAUUCAAGCUGAAGGCCAUGAGGGAGUCAAGGCUGCUGUCACUAGAAUGAGCUUAUACCUUCUUAAUGACAGACUCUCUUUCAAGGGUGUUGAUGGCCCUUGUGGUGCUGUCUUAAAGACUUCAGCUUGGCACCAAGAAUUAAACAGAUUUCUACAAGUACUUCCUGCUUGCCCUGAAGAUGAGAAGCUUCUGGCUAAUAUCAUGUGUUUUAUUAAUAAGUUACUGAGGGAACAUAGAAGUGGUCCAGUUAUAGAAUUUCUAGAUUGGAUUCUGGAAAUACUUCUUAAACAUAAUCCAAAUCCACUUUUAGAGCUUCUUGGGCAGUCAGAAACUCAAGAGCAAGAAGAAGCAGCUGACACUCAAACCACUGUCAGACAACGACUACGAAAGGAGCUGAUGACUUUCUUUAAUAACUUACUACUCAUAUUCAUGGAUGUAACAGACCGGAAGUUCUUGGAACUUAUUUAUGUUUUCAAGACACAGCUGGCUUUGAAACUGCUACAAUGCCUGAGAGUAACAGAUGCACCUCAUUUUUAUGGACUACCUUCCCUGGAGAGAACGUUACAAGGAAUGGUUCAUAUCACAGCAGUCCCAGGAUGGAGUUCUCAUUCUACUGUAACUGAGCCAUUCUCCAUUUGUACAAAAUACUUGUCAGGCCUUCUUGAGGUCAUUUCUUCCUUCUAUGUGGAGCGGGGAGGAACUGCUAUGUCCUUCAUGGGAAAGGGUGUCACAAAGAGCACAGUUCUUUGCUUGUUACAUUUGUCCCAUGAGAUGAUGAAUCAGGCCAAUAUCUUGGAUUGGAUUUCAAUGUGGUCCUUGCCUUAUGACAGUAAUAGUGAGGAACAAAAUCUUAUCCAACAGGGACUGGCUUGGUUGAUUCCAUUAUGGGUUGAUAGGGAUCCAGAGGUGAGGUUCAUUUCCCUGGCAAUAGGAGCAACUCUGACUUCUGAUAAAGAUGGAUGUAUUGCCUUAGCCAACAGUUGUCAAAACAUUUCUGGUGGACUGUGGGCCACAGUGGUGAACAUUCUUCUGGAUCAUUCAGAAUGUAGUAUGGUUCGCAGAGAGGCUGCAUUUAUUCUUCAGAAUCUAUUAGUGAUUCCAUUGCCUACAGAUGACAACCAUGAUUAUUCUUGGCAUGGUCCCUCUGUACAUGAUGUGGAAUAUGGCCUAUCUCUGAUAGGUAAACCUGCUCUCCAAGCACUUUUAUAUCACAGCAAUUUUUAUGAACAUAUGAAUUGGAUGGUGAAACAUUGUUACCUGGGGCGAUAUAUGUUUGACUUGAAUUGUUAUGCAGCUGACAACAUCACAGCAAGAAAAAAUAUACAUGAUUUUGAUGACUCAGUACAUUUUGGGAGGGGACAGCACAGUCCAUCCAAAAGUCAAGGUCCAAGUUCUCCUUCAACAGUAGAGACAGUGGUUCCUUUAGUGCCAUCUUCAUUAGAAAGUGCUGAUGUUCCACCACAUGCAACACCAACAAACAUUAUUAUUUCUGAAUUGAAAGAUCGACUUGUGGCUCAAGGUCAGAGUGACACCACAACAACAUCACCUUCAAGUCAUCAAGAUUCUCCCCUUUCUGCUCCUUUGUCAAAACAGUGUAUUGUAACUCCUCCUCUUCUUUCAGCAAUGUGCAGCCUUUUGGACAACCUACUGAUAGUUGUUCCAAAGAAUACUGUAUCUGCAUUCCAUAAGACCAAUAUCUUAAAGGCUUUCUGUGGGGCUUUUAAUGUUCCUUUGUUGGAGAAAUGCAUUCAAGAGCUCAGCAUCCCCUUAUCUUACUCAACUCCUGUUGAACAUGCUAAAGCUCAGAUUUCAUUCCUACUGGAGUAUUUCUGUUCUCUGUCUAGACUUCUCAUGUCAUGUUUAUUGAUAGACCACAGCCUUGUGAACCAGGAUGAGCUACUAAAACCUCUGCUAGAAAAGAUCUUCACACUCCUUACCAUGUACACUAAAGACGACUUUGAUUCUGAAUUAAGACAUGCAUUUUAUCAGUCAUGGACUGACGUUUUUAACCUCCUGGCUACAUUACUGAGGAAAACAAGUCAGUCCUCCCUUCUAUCUGUAACAGAAGCUCUGGCAAAGGAUUGGCCUGCUAUCAUUGAUGCAGUUUGCAAAUGUGUGGGCUUUUCUACCACAUACCCUAAGCUCUAUACUGCCUGCAUGCAAUUCCUUUCCAUUCUCCUGACUGAAGAAGGGAAGAGAUGUCUAUCAGAGAAACAAAAUUCAAGCCACAGUCCAACAAUGGCUUCACUUCUUGAUGCAGAUGUUGGAAAUAAGGAAUCUGUAGAACGACUUUUUAAAAUUAUUCUUGAGAGCUAUGAAAAGCAAUCCUCCAAGGAUACACUGAAAAAGUUUGCCAUAAGUGCUUUGAUGUCACUUCUAGCUGUCAGUAAAAGAGCUCAGAAAUAUGCCUGGAAUGCUGGCCUCAUAGACAGCUGCAUAGAACAGAUGAAACACAUCCAUGCACAACUGAACUUAGAUUCUCUGAAGCCUAGGAAAAGGGGACCCAAAAAAAAGGAAAAUGGUUUUAGGAAGGAACUAAACAUUGCCAUGCAGAUGCUAAGAAACUGCCUUUAUCAAAACAAUGAAUAUAAAGCAACAGCACUUCGAGCACAUCUUGUUCCUCUCAUACAUUCUUUUUGGCCUUGGUUUCUGUUGGAUGAUUCAUUGAUGAAGGUGGCCCUGCAGCUGCUUUGUGUCUAUACUGCAAAUUAUCCAGCUGGUUGCAGUUCUCUUUGUGGGGCAAGUUGUGUACAAUAUCCUGGUCAGCCUGCAUUUAGAGGAACACCAAGUAACUCUUUGAUGCUUUGUAUCUUAAAAUGGGUUUCCCAUAUGACUUCUGAGAAUCCCACAAUUCAGCAAUUGGCUUUUACACUCCUUGCAAAUGUUGCCUUAUCUCAUGACUGUAAAGGAGUUAUUCAAAAGAGUAAUUUCUUACAGAACUUUUUAUCUCUGACAUUGCCAAAAGGAGAAAAUAAAUGCCUUCCUGAUCUUGCCAUUCUUUGGUUGAAGUUCCUUUUGAAUAUUUCCUCUGACGAAGAUGGGCAACAAAUGAUCUUGAAACUCACUGGCUGUUCAGAUUUACUUGUCGAGAUGAGCAAGUAUAAACACAAAAGCAGCCCCCAUUUACCUCUUCUUAUUCUUCAUAAUGUCUGCUUUAGUCCUACAAACAAACCCAAGAUACUAGCUCAUGAUAAAGUUAUUUCAUUGCUAUCUGCUUCUCUGGAAAGUGACAAUCGAAAUGUUCAGAGAAUCGGAGCAGCUGCACUUUGGGCUCUCAUUUACAAUAAUCACAAGGCAAAAGCAACUUUGAAAACUCCAUCAAUAAUAAGAAAAGUGGAUAAAGCUUAUGCUUCAGCAAAAAAAACUAUCCCAGACCCUGAUGCAAACUCAUUAAAUGUCUAUUAUUUAAAAUGUCUGGAGAAUCUGGUGCACCUCCUUCUCUGCACAUGAAUGUCUUGUACUCCUCCAUUUCAAUUCUGAUACUUACCUGGUUAGAAGAGCUUGAUUCAGAGAGAUAUUGUGCACUUUCAGGUUCGUGUACACAUUUUAUACAAAACAUGCAAAGCCUUCUGGAAGGUACUAAUGCCUUGAUGCCAAACAGGAAGUAGAAUUGAUGAUAGUCAAAAUUCUACUACAGUAUGAUGGAACCCCAAAUAGCAUUUGACAAGAUGAUAGAAAAUAAAAACAUGGGAAAAAACAAAUAUUUUUUACUUUUUUAUAUAAAACUGCUGUAUGAAAAAUCAUAUUUAUUACCUAUUUAUCAAAAUAAAAUAUUUGGGAAACUAAA